ACCGCUGCCUUCCUCCGCUGGGCGCCAGAGACGCUGAGGCCUGAGCUGGAGCCGACCGCGGGCGCGCGCAGCUGCUGCCAGAGUGCUGGCGCGGGCUGGUGGGCCACAUAUCCUUCCUCCUCCUCACUCGCGAGCCCUCGGACAUGGUGGCCCCCGGCUCCGUGACCAGCCGGCUGGGCUCGGUGUUCCCCUUCCUGCUGGUCCUAGUGGAUCUGCAGUACGAAGGUGCCGAAUGUGGAGUAAAUGCAGAUGUUGAGAAACAUCUUGAAUUGGGCAAGAAAUUACUUGCAGCUGGACAGCUAGCUGAUGCUUUAUCUCAGUUUCAUGCUGCUGUAGAUGGUGAUCCGGAUAACUAUAUUGCUUAUUAUCGGAGGGCUACUGUCUUUUUAGCUAUGGGCAAAUCCAAAGCUGCACUUCCUGAUUUAACUAAAGUGAUUGAAUUGAAGAUGGACUUCACUGCAGCAAGAUUACAGAGAGGUCACUUAUUACUCAAACAAGGAAAACUUGAUGAGGCAGAAGAUGAUUUUAAAAAAGUGCUCAAAUCUAAUCCAAGUGAAAAUGAAGAAAAGGAAGCACAGUCUCAACUUAUAAAAUCUGAUGAAAUGCAACGUUUGCGUUCACAAGCACUUGAUGCUUUUCAAAGUGGAGAUUAUAUUGCUGCCAUAGCCUUCCUUGAUAAGAUUUUAGAGGUUUGUGUUUGGGAUGCAGAACUACGGGAACUUCGAGCUGAAUGUUUUAUAAAAGAAGGAGAACCUAGGAAAGCUAUAAGUGACUUAAAAGCUGCAUCAAAGUUGAAGAAUGAUAAUACCGAGGCAUUUUAUAAAAUAAGCACACUGUACUACCAACUAGGAGACCACGAACUGUCCCUCAGUGAAGUUCGGGAAUGUCUUAAACUUGACCAGGAUCAUAAAAGAUGUUUUGCACACUAUAAACAAGUAAAGAAACUUAAUAAGCUUAUUGAGUCAGCUGAAGAGCUCAUCAGAGAUGGCAGAUACACAGAUGCUACCAGCAAAUUUGAAUCUGUCAUGAAAACAGAGCCAAGCAUUGCUGAAUAUACAGUUCGUUCAAAGGAGAGGAUUUGCCACUGCUUUUCUAAGGACGAGAAGCCUGUUGAAGCUAUUAGGGUAUGUUCUGAAGUUUUACAGAUGGAACCCGACAAUGUGAAUGCCCUGAAAGAUCGAGCAGAGGCCUAUUUGAUAGAGGAAAUGUACGAUGAAGCUAUUCAGGAUUAUGAAACUGCACAGGAACACAAUGAAAAUGAUCAGCAGAUUCGAGAAGGUCUAGAGAAAGCACAAAGAUUAUUGAAACAGUCGCAGAAACGAGAUUAUUAUAAAAUCUUGGGAGUAAAAAGAAAUGCCAAAAAGCAAGAAAUCAUUAAAGCAUACCGAAAAUUGGCACUGCAGUGGCACCCAGAUAACUUCCAGAAUGAAGAAGAAAAGAAAAAAGCUGAGAAAAAGUUCAUUGAUAUAGCAGCUGCUAAAGAAGUCCUCUCUGAUCCAGAAAUGAGGAAGAAGUUUGACGACGGAGAAGAUCCCCUGGAUGCAGAGAGCCAGCAAGGAGGCGGCGGCAACCCUUUCCACAGAAGCUGGAACUCAUGGCAAGGGUUCAAUCCCUUCAGCUCAGGCGGACCAUUUAGAUUUAAAUUCCACUUCAAUUAAACCAACUGUUUUUCUGCUCUUCUUCCUUAAUUUUUUAAAAGAUUAAAAACAAACAAAUCUUGUUUCGGGACCCUAAUGAAAAGAAAAUUCAAAUAUCUUUCAGUUUGUCCAUGACCAAAGAGUUGCUUUAAUAGGAAAAAAUCUGUUCUUAUCCCUGUUAGAUUUAUGGUUAAUGGGUUUGCAGUGGGCAGGGAGGCAAGGAAUGGUUCUGUUUCUGACAAAGCAGCCUGCAUACAUUUUAUGCUGCCUGGAGGAAGUGGUCUGAGGCGGGUUCACCUGUGGAAGUGCCCAGGUAUUCUGUGUUUUUCUACACUGGAGCUGAGAUUCUUCUCCUCUUCACAGCCUUGCAGAGUAAGUCAGUGCUUACAAGUGUAGUUAUGCGUCCGUAUUCUUAAAGAGAAUAUGAACAUUUUGAGCUGUACAUUCUUAGGGACAACUGUGCUUCGAUGUGGUCAAUCUAGUCACUUGCGAGUGGGAAAUCUUUAGUAUGCACGUCUUUAUACCUCUCUGGUCUGUCAACAUGGUUGUCACUGAAGGAGGAGCAAGAGACCAUCUUUUAGGAAUCGUGCCACCAAAUGAUAAUAUAUCCAGGUUUAGACUUUGGAUUAAUGUUAAAUGUACAUUUUUUUUUUUUGAUUCAAUACCUGCAGAAGAAUACUGAAACUUGAAUUUAUGACUAUCUAUGAACCCUUUUAAUAUUAAACAGAACAAAUUAAAGCUAUAGGUAAAGCAGGUUCAAAUAAAAUAGUGGUAGUAUUUAAAAUAUUGCUCAAGUGCAGAUUGAAAUACUUUUUCAAGAACUGAAGUUCUGAGUUUUUAUAGAGAAUUUCGUGUAACAGGAUUGGCUUAGAAACGUAAAGUUUCUUGGUCAACAUAAACACAGAAUGCGAUUCCCACUUUUAAGUAAAGACAGUGGGGCAGCUUCUUUCUCCUUCUUUUAUAUCAAACCUUGACCUUAUUUUAAAGUGCUGUGGUCCCCCAUGUGGACCUGUCUGGUGGUAUGUGGUAAGCAGCAGACCUGCCCUCCUACCAGAUCUUGAUGCCUCUAGAUGUUCUCCUGCCUACAAGAAAAUACAGGCCUGCAAGUUUAGUCAGGUCUGUCUGUAUUUUCACUAUUGUUUCAUUUAAUAAAAUGGCAUCUCCUCUUGAGAUAUUCUUCUUACCUUUUAAGAAGAUAACUAUUUGAGAAAUGAACUAGUCUGUCUUUGUAUACUGAAUACUUCUUCCCUAAAAAAUGUUACUUUAAUCAAGAAUACUGAAUAUUUGUGGAAUUAUUGAUGCUGCAUUUGAAAGCUGAGGGAAUUACUUUAGAUAGGAAUUCUCACCUUGAAAUCAGGCAUUUUAAUUCACUGUGGGAGGCAUCCUGACCAUGGACAUACAUAACAGCAGAGCACAAAUUAUAUUUCGUCUGUAGUCAUAUCCUGAAACAUAUGUGGACAAAAUUUUUAAGUGAGAGAAACCACGUAGUUAAAUUGAGGAAAACACUUAAGUGCUUUCUGCAUCUAUUUUGGAGUCUAUUUCUUUACCAACUAACAAUGCAUUUGGAAAACUAGGAACUCCUUGCAGCUUUCAUUUUGCUUUAAUGCUUCAGUUUAAGCCAGUAUAAAAAUAAUUUCCAAGGUGUUUCUGUCUAUUCUUUAACUGAUCUCACUACUGGCUAUAUUAGCAAUAUCUUUUUCAAUCUGGCUCCUUUUGUAUAUGAUAUCACUGUGACCUCUGAAAUUUAGUGAUGGCUUUUACCUACUUUGAAUAAGAAUUUUCACAUAAAAUCAGAAGAAAAGGAAAUAAAUCACUUGCCCUUCCACUUGGAGAGCAUGACAGCUGCCAACAGCAAGGGGUCCAGGGCCGCAUAGGAGAUGUGUCCACGGCCGGGCUGCCUCCCACCUGCUGCCCAGAGGCUUAUUUGCAUUUUCAUUUUUCUCCACUUGUAACAACCAUAGUUUCAGCUCCUAAAUUCUUAUCAUGGAUUUAACUUAGUUAUCAUAACUGAUGUGCAGAUUUACUUGCCUGUUUUCAGUGAAGAGAGAGCAGCAGCUCUGGUGCCACAUGCCAGCGCCAUGGAAGGAAAUGAAUUCUCUGCAAUGUGUUGUUUCGCUGAUUCAUGAAGAAAGUAACAACCGUCGAGUUCUAGUCUUGACAGGCAUCGGCAAUUUUCUCUCCCAAAUGGAAAGACGGUCACUGCUCGCUUCCCUUAAAGUGUGACUGAGAAAAAGCCUGGAUGUGUAAAGAGAUAAUCAUUCCCCCUGCCUGUCUGGCAUAGGGUGUCAUGAUGCAUUGUAAAACCGUACUACUGAAAAGGCAUUUUCCUUUUUUGAAGAGGGCUACUUUUAUUUUCCCUUGGGGACUGCAGGUGCCAGGUAACCUUUAUGGCUCUUUCAGGAAAAGUCAAAUCAGAGAGUGAGGUACCCUAGCUUUAGUGUUGUUAGUCUGCUCCUACCUUCUUUCCUUUUUGGUGAGCUCCAUGAGUGGAGUUAUCAGUGGUCUGUACUUUGUGGGUAUUUUGCCCAGCACGAAGUAUUAGACAUCAGUCUAGAAGCAUUGUGAAAAAGUUCCAAAAAGGAGAGGAUUAAAUUUAAUUGAUUCCUCAGUUCUGAACGUUUGUGCUUUCUUACCAUAUUGAAUAGAUGAAAACUUGAAAAAAAUUUUGAUAGUUGACUAAUGGGAAUUGGAUGUAACAUACUACUAAUUCUACAGUGUCUCUCUUUAGUCAGUAUUAAAAAUCCUUUUUAAAGUAUUGGUAUGAAAACAGAUUUGUGUUGCCCUGAUAUUGGAAUUUUAAAACUACCCACAGUUUAAGGGAAAAACAUAACUGGGUAAAAAAGGCAGCCAAUAAAACCACAAUUUGAAAUUAAUACCAUUUUCUAUUCACAAUGGAUGAUGAAAAAUUUUACCUUUAAAGGCAUGUAAUGGGUCAGAAGUUGUAACAUUUACCAUGAAAAAAUGACAUAAGAUAUAUAAGUUAAAAAUGGCUCCUUGGUGAGGUCUGUCUGGGAGCCGACUGCCUUACAGAUACAGGGUACUGGUAAUGGGUCUUGCCAAGUUUUCAGCAAUGGUAUAACCUAGAGAAGUUCAUGCAACUUUGUUGAAUGUAGUUGACUUUUCAGAUUUGUAAAAGAAGGUAGAAGGCAAAUGUUAAUUUGCCAACAACUAAUAUCCUUUUCUAAAUCAGAUCAUUCCUUUGUUUGUGUUAAGUUUAUCCUGUAAUUUCAAAUGACGUUAAAAGGUGGGAUUAUUUGGGGUUUUUUGUUUACAGAUGAUCUCAUUUGCUGAAUGAUUUAAGAGUAAAAUUAGCCACUGCGUGGCUUUGUGUAUAGUGACUGGUUUUGUUGGACUCAUCUGUGGCUGAAACACUUCCCUGCAGUGGAAAGCCGAGCAAGGAGGAGGUAAACAUUGGAGAUGUUUGUUAAAAUAUUACUCUUACCAUGAAUGAGAAAAGACUAAGUAACUUAAUCCAUCUCAAUUUAGUGUUUUAAUAAAAAAAGAACCUAAUAUUUGAAAUGGGUCUCAGACAUGUCUACAAAUAUGGGUACUAUUUUUAUGCCCGUGUAUUUUCACAUUUAAUAAAAAUAUUUAUGGUCAUAUCAGUA